AUGUCGUUCCGCCCGGGCUCCCGCAUCUUCAGCUCCUUCCGACCCUUCUUUCAACGCGCAAAUGCCCGCCGACAUGCCGGCACAGCUGCAGGCGCUGAGCCCGCUGGCUUCCAAAAGUUCUGGAACAGCCCGAUCGGACCCAAGACUGUCCACUUCUGGGCCCCAGUAAUGAAAUGGGGCAUGGUCCUCGCCGGUGCCUCCGACUUCUCCCGCCCCGCUGAAUCUCUCUCCUUCACCCAGAACUUCGCUCUCAUGUGCACAGGCGCCAUCUGGACACGAUGGUGCUUCGUUAUCCGCCCCAAGAACGUUGCCUUGGCUGCUGUCAACUUCCUCGUCUUCUGCGUCGGUGCUACACAGGUUGGCCGUAUCUACGCCUACAACCAGUCUAUCAAGGGCACUGAAGGUCAAGCCAAGGGCGAGAUGAAGGAUCUCAAGCACACUGCUGAGAAGGCUGAGCAGAAGGCCGAGAAGGCUCUGAAGUAA